GCGCGGAAACGGCAGCGUCUCAAAGCGCGUGCGCGAACGAGCCAGUACGGAAGUCAGAGGAGGGUCGGGCACGGACCAGACUUGAGGUGAGGCGCCGGACCUCAGCAGCCGUCAGGAGACAACUGGCUUCUUGAAGCCGUCCUUAGCCCGAGCCCAGCGUUCCUAAGCCUGUGCCCGCGGGGGCAUCUCCGAGCCACCUUCGGUUAGGCGUUCGAGGCGAGCCCGCGCGCCCCGACAGCGGGGCCGGGACGUCUCGCGAGAUCCGUGGUCCGCACGAGCCCGACCGGCGUCUUGGGAGCGGCUGAGGUCGGAGUGGCGGGAUGGACGAGGAUCUGGUGGUCGCGCUGCGGCUGCAGGAGGAGUGGGACGUGCAGGUGGCGCGGCGCGCGGCGGCGCGGGAGCCCGUGUCGUUGGUGGACGCGUCCUGGGAGCUGGUGGAUCCCACCCCGGACCUGCAGGCGCUCUUCCUGCAGUUUAACGAUCGCUUCUUCUGGGGUCAGCUGGAGGCGGUGGAGGUGAAGUGGAGUGUGCGCAUGACACUGUGUGCUGGGAUCUGCACCUAUGAAGGGAGAGGAGGCAUGUGCUCCAUUCGUCUCAGUGAACCCCUGUUAAAACUGAGACCGAGAAAGGACCUUGUAGAGACUCUUUUGCACGAAAUGAUACAUGCCUAUUUAUUUGUCACUAAUAAUGAUAAAGACCGGGAAGGACAUGGCCCAGAGUUCUGUAAACAUAUGCAUCGAAUCAACCGACUGACAGGAGCCAACAUAACGGUCUACCACACUUUCCAUGAUGAGGUGGAUGAGUACCGCCGGCACUGGUGGCGCUGCAAUGGACCCUGCCAGCACAAACAGCCCUACUACGGCUAUGUAAAGCGUGCCACCAACAGGGCACCCUCCGCUCAUGACUACUGGUGGGCUGACCACCAGAAAACUUGUGGAGGCACUUACAUAAAAAUCAAGGAGCCCGAGAACUAUGCAAAGAAAUGCAGAGGAAAGACAAAAGCAGGCAAGCAGCCAGCAUCAGCAGUGGAGAGUAAAGACAAGCUGUGUAGAGGUGAGGCCCAGCCGCUCAUCCCAUUCAGUGGAAAAGGGUAUGUUCUCGGAGACACAAGCACUUGUCCUUCAGCUGGGAAGCUGAACACCUCACACAUGGUUAAUGAAGCCAAAGGUCUCUCAAGUCAGGACCAGUCACAGAGUGGCCUGAGGCUCAGUUCCAACUUUGAGGUGAAAUGUGAACAGAAUGGUCUCCCAAAGAAACCUCAUCUUGUCACCCCUCUUCCCACUGCUAAUCACCAAAGUGUCCUGAGCAGCUACUUCCCCAGAGUCUCUGUUGCCAACCAAAAGGCUUUCAGAAAUGUGAAUGGAUCCCCAGUAAAGAGCGGGACCACUGGAGAUGGCACCAAGCAUUCUGCCUCAGCAGGCUCUCAGAGAAAGGUUCCACCUUCCAGGGCAUCCCUGAGAAAUGCCUCCAAAGUCUCGGCACCAGCAUCAGCAACCGUGACAUCUGCAGCUGGGACACCUGAAACCAUAUCCCGAGAGGAGAGUGGAUCUGAAGACCAAUUCCUGAACAAGCGACCCAGGUUGGAGGACAGGACUGCUUUGGAUAAUGUCAAGGAGCAAACACAGAGCGGUGGUGAUCUUCAGAAUAGCUCACGGCCCACAGCCACCAGCACACCCCGGAGCUCAGGCAGUUCAUGCAGUCAGCGAAGACUUGUCAACUGUCCCGUGUGUCAGGGUGUGGUUUUGGAGUCCCAGAUCAAUGAGCACUUGGACCGCUGCCUGGAAGGCAACAAAACCAACCUGCGAUCUCGAAGAGUGUGAGAUGGAGUGGGUCCCACACCGCCUGUUGUCUCGUGGUGGUGUCACCUGGCAGGUGAAGGACCUGUGGGUUACAGUCUGACUUAGUGCACCAGCAGUGUCAUGUUUUACAUACAGUCAAUGAGCAAUUGUAGUUUAAGUCUGCGUCUCUAUUCAGGGGUGUCCUGUAAUACCAGAUGCUCAGGAAGAUGAGUCAGGAGCAGCAUCAUUCCAGCCCAUGACCUGGGUAAUGUAGGAGGCUGUGUCAGGAGCGUAUGUGUCAGUGUGCCGUGUUCACCCAUGCCUUACCAGGACAUGGGCUCCAUUUGUCUGGUAUUCGUGUAUGGCUUUAUGUACUUUUGGGUUUGUUUGUUUGUUUUGUUCAUGAAGGUUUCAGAGUACUUACUAUUUUUAUUUAUUCUCAAGAUAGUCUUAUCAGGAGGCCUGGCAGCUGAUUACUUUCAAUGUUAAGCUCCAUUCUCUAAGCUGAUGUUAAACUUGUUGAGGUCUGACACUGUUCAGAUAGUAUGAAAUAACAGCUGUCCUAAAAGCACUCAGAGUUCUUUUUUUAAUUUUAAAAUUCUAACAGCAGAUAAGCUUUCUAUAUUUUAAAAGAUUUUACUUUCUACAUAAAGGUGGUAGCAAAUUUUAAAGACUUCUAUAUUCUUAGUAAUUUAUAUUUUAAAUAUGUAUAGUUAUGUAUAUGAUUUGUCCUGCUUUUACUGAAAAGUGGCAGCAGAUUUUAAAGACUCAUAUAUUUAAAAGAAAUUUUCUAGCUUAUGACAACUCAUGUUUAAAAUACCAAUACUUGGGAGGCUGAGGCAGGAAGAUGGCUGUGGGGUUUGAAUGCAGCCUGGGCUUAGGCUCCAAUGUGGGCUAUGGUGAGACCAUGUCUCAGAAAAAGUUUUUUGUUUGGUUGGGGUUUUUUUUUUUUUUUUUUUUUUCUCUUUUCUUUCUCCAUCCCAUCUUUAUUUUCUAAGUGAUGGUUGCAGGAUUGAGAGUAAAGUGGAUAACGAAUGUACCGUACAGUUGUUCUGGAUAUUAAGGUAGUUACUCGGUUCUGCAGGCCAGAUUUGAUGGGGACUUAAGUGGAUGGUUAAACUUGGUGCUAAAACGUAACUGAUGUAUAACAUCUCACAAAGCUGCCUCAUUCCCUGGAGAGCAGAUGCCUGGGCAGCAUUGUGAGCUCUGCACCAAAGUGCGAGCAAAAGAUGAUCAUCUGAGGGCUGGGCGGCUGCUUGUGUUCGAGUUCAGGCAGAGGGACACAGACAUGUGGCUCCGUUUGUUUUGUCUCAUUUCUGUCCCUCUACCUUGCUGACUUUGCUACAAGGUGCACAAAUCUUGUGAGCGUUGGGGUGAACCUGGUGUGUCUGGUGUUCCCCUGUAUAACUUCUUCCAUUACCUCCCCCAGGGAGGCUGGGAAAGUCCUGCUGUAGUUAGUUGUCCCUUCACAGGGCCUACCGUCUGCAUCCCCAAAGGUCACAGUUUGUUACCAGAGAGUGAGUAGGGUAGUGUCUUUGUUACUGUGCAGGCUUAUUUUCAUUCUUCUGUAGAACUAGUUAAAGAUAACUAGAAGUUUUCCCCUUCACCCCAGUAUUACUGAACCAUUGGAAGUGUCCCAGUGCAGGGCUAGGCGAUGCUGACAACACCCACUCGGGAGUGAGACUGUCACAGGGUGUCUGUGGUCAGCUUUCUCCUCCCAGCAGUGUGCCACUGCUGGCCUCUCAGCAUUCCUGACAGGAUCUUUAGCCUGUCAGAUUGGAUAACAAGUUUUUAUAUUUCUUAAAACAUGAUGUUAAAUAGUAUUUGAUGUUUAUAGGUAAAUAGCUAUUAAAGUUUUUUGUUUGGAUAUAUGACAUGUUUUCACCCAGUUAACAGGUUAUAGACAAUUAAAUAUUUUUGGGCCAAACUGCAUAAAGUUCUAGGGCUAUGAAGUAAAGUAGGUGGUGAGGGAAACCUGCAGUUUACUAUUGGUGCUUUAUAGUGCUGGGUCAGGACUUCACUCUGGCACUGUUUCUUAGUGAGUUGAGUUAGCUUGUUAAGGAAGGGGAGGGGCCUCAGGAGGGAGAGAACUGGGCACAUCCUGUGGAAACACAAGAUGUUGAGCUGGUUGGAAUGUGAGAUCCAACGGCAGGAGGGAGGAGCGUGUAGACAGGCCUAGCCAGGCUGAGGGUAGAACUGCACCUGCUGUAACUGUUAACCACCUAUGCAGUGACUGAGAGAGGACAAGCUGAGUGUGCAAAGUAUCUAGGUGCAGUCUCGGUCACACCAGCUUCUGAGCGUGGUGCGAAUGCUGGGAGGAGGGAAUGCAGUGAGCCUGUCCUUGUUAGAGAUUUGCCCCUAAGAGUAGCUAUCCUUUUAUCUGUCAUUUUACCAGGAAAAUGUGGGUUUUUUGUUUGUAUUCUCCCUUUGGAAGCAAUUUCUAACCUCACAGUGGAGCUGAAGCUGUUUGAGCUCCGCACUGUAGGGCCACAGCCAUAGGUCCUGUAUCUGUAGAACUGUGCUUACAUCCCAGUUCCAUGCUGGCCAAGAGCAAUGUGAGAAACCUUUGUUUGGCUUUGGCCAACUGAGCACAUAUCCUAACUGGGACCUCUGAGGUAAAUGAAAACACUAAAACCUCAUUGUUUUGUUCUAAAGCUCUAAGAUUGUAUUUUUUUCAAAGCUUUAGAUUUUAAAAAUAAACAAUGUUUUGAUGUAAAGUGGU